UGUCCGGCGCCGUUCCUGUCGCCCAAUGACUUCCCGUCAACAGGCGGAUAUGUUCCCGGCCGAUUCUGUAGCAAUGUCACGCCCGAGUUGACAUGUUGCUUACCGUGUCCGACCGACAAAUAUCUAUACUCGGACGGUUUCGUCAGGUCCUUGGAAGUGGGUUACUGGUGGAACAUACCCAGCUUCAUCUGCCAAAUCUUCCUCCUCGUCACAUGGCUCGUUCUUCCUCCAGAAGUCAGCCAUCGACACUAUCUUAGCAUCGGGAUCUGCAUUUUCCUCACCAUCUUACAUCUCUCAUUCAUCAUUCCGCUUGGGACCAAGCCCGAUAUCUGUUGGAAUGAGAUCACUCCGAGUGAUAUGAAUUCGGACAAUUCGUGCGCGGUCUCCGGUGGGAUGCUGAGCUUGGGAGCGAUGGGCGUGGGUGUAUGGCUUCUCUUGCGCUCGCUCUGGAUCCACCUCCGAGUAUGCUGGGACGUCAAGGAGACGAAGGUCCUGAGAUAUGCGGCUCAUGGCGUUGGCAUUGCUUUGCCAAUACUCUUCCUCGGCCUCAGCCUGGGGAUCACGGGCAUCUCCUAUCGUCUCUCCACCACUUGCGUACCCAACGACCGCUAUUCCUUUCUGACCUGGUUCGGCUGGCUGACAGCUUUCGGCUGCUUGGCGACUCUCAUCCAGAUUGUCACCAUCUUCUUCUGUCUCUGGGUCUACCUCCGAGCUUUCUUCCGUCCUGGCGGCGAAAGCACUUUACAAAGUACGGCGGGGUCCACUAUCGGCAAGUCGGCGAUGGAGAUCGAUGCGCCACCGCGGAAGAAAGUCGCCUGGAAGAGAGUCAAGUCAGUGCUGAAGUCUCAAUGGCGUAGCAUCUUGCUCUGCAUUGUCGUGGCCGUCUCCACCAUCUUCUACGGUACUGUCUUUAUCGCCACAGGAAAGGUGGCCGGAACUACCAAUAAGAACAGCAAGGAGCUGCAAGAAUGGGCUCUUUGCCUGGUGCUGAACGGUGGCGACAAGACACCAUGUGGAAGUGUUGCGCCCAUUAUCGGCAUCAACGAGGAUGCCGUCCGCGCUGUGUGGCCCAUUGCUGGCCUCACCGGAACGUUGACUUUCAUUCUCAUGAUCCGCAGAGACAUGCUCACGGGCUGG